UGGCAAGAUCUGAGAAAGCAAUGGUUCUUAGUCACAAAGAGAAGUUUCUCGUGGCAGGGCAUGUCAAUUAGGGGCAGACCCAGCUCUGUGACAGUGACUAGCCUCCUGCAGGGGGACAACAGGGGGCUCCUCCUGGAACUGUCCGUGCAUCAAAGGCCCCCAGCGGUGUAGACGCUGCAUAUCCAAAGAGAGAGUAGGGGGAGAGCGUAGGGCAGUUCCUCAGAAUCUUGCACCUAGAAUUAUCCUAUGACUUGGUAAUUCCACUUAUGGGGCCUACACCUCGCAGAGCUGAAAGCAGGGCCUCGAGGACGUAUCUGUGCCCACGCUCAUAGCAGCCUGAUGCACAGUAGCCAAAAGGUGGAAGGAACGCAGGUGUCCAUCAACCAAUGUGUGGGUAAGGAACGGUGGUGUGCACAGGCAGCCGAGUGUCACUCAGCCUUAAAAAGGAAGCAGAUUCUGACACCCGACUCUGACACGGACGAUCCUUGAGGACAUCCCGCGAAGUGAAGCAAGCCAGUCACAAAAGGACAGGAGGCCCUCAGCUGUUCCCAGUGAGCCUGUGGAUGCCACUCGAGAUGUCCCCUUUUGGCUGCUGGGGACUGCCUGCCGCCCUUCUUGCCCUGUUCUGCUGCCCAGGGUCUGGUGAGGGGUUCGAGGUGCACAUGUAUCCGGAGCAGCUUGUGGUGGAGCCUGGAGGGUCAAAUUUGAUCAACUGUAGUACCAGCUGCGCCCAGCCGCAGACCGGUGGCCUGGAGACCGCCCUAACCAAGACCCUGCGGGAGUCGGGAGCUCAGUGGAAGCAGUACUUGGUCUCCAACAUCUCCCAGGACACAGUCAUCCACUGCUACUUCACCUGCUUCGGGAAUCAGAAGUUAAAGAGUCUCAACAUCAGCGUGUUCUUGCUCACAGUCUCCUACCUGCUCAGGAGCAGCCCAUCACCGGACACCCCCCACCCCACCACAAAUAGCGGGGCACCAACAGAAGGGCCACCGUGCUCUCCGGUCGCCCCUUCACCUCACGGAGAGAAGGGCCCCUGGCAAAUGUGUGACCAUCACCCAUACGCACCUGUGCACGGGCCAUGGAGACCUCCCCAUAGGGCAGGAUUCUCUCAACGUCUCGGCACCAAGGACCCUCCAAAGCAAGUGCUGCUGAAGCUGCAGCCCGCGUGGGUGGCUGUGGGGAGAUCCUUCACCGUCGAGUGCCACGUGCCGGCUGUGAAACCCCUCGAGGGCCUCACUCUCACCCUGCUCCGUGGCCAGGAGGCCCUGUGCAACAAGACCUUUGCGAGGGGAGACAGUGGCACCCGAGGGGCCACAGCCACACACAACAGCACGGCUCACAGGGAAGACGGCCACCACAACUUCUCGUGCCACGCCCGCCUAGAUCUGCGGUCUCUCGGCGGGGGCAUCGUUCACCGUGUCUCCGAGCCCCAGAUGCUCAAGGUCUAUGAGCCCAGGCCAGACAACCAGAUGGUCGUCAUCAUCUCUGUCGUGUCGGUGCUGCUGUUCUUGUUUGUGACAUCCAUCCUCCUGUGCUUUGUCUUGGGCCAACACUGGCGCCAGAGGCGGAUGGGCGCUUACGGGGUACAGGAUGCUUAAGCAGGGCCGAAGUCGGGCCGACUGGGCACAGCCUACAUGAGUGGCACGGCCACCAGCACCGCAGCCCCUGGAACUCAGCACGACUCCUCGGGAUCGUGGUCCAGCCCUGACUACAGGACUGUAACAAGCAGCCGAGGACAUCGGGGUCAUUUCCUUUUCUAGUCUGCAUAUAAACAUCUGGACUUAA